GCGUUGGUCCAGAAAGUUCAUAUGAUAACUCCCGGAAAGCUACAAAGUUCCAAAGACGAGGCGCAAGCGAGAAAGUUCUUCCAAGCGAGAGGAGAAGAAGAAGAAGAAGAGGCGGAAACUCGGCCUUUAUCGCUGUGCGAAGUCGAAGCCGAGGUCCACGCCGGGGAAACGAAGGAAGUCGGCCGCGGGGUGGACAACGCAACGCUCUAUUACUACCACUUCCAGAACGGCAGCGGUCUCAAGUCCAUCCACAUCAAGGCGACGUUCAACAAGGAUACCUCGGACACGAAGACCCUCAACGUUAGCGACCUCUGUCUCGACGACCGCCCGACGAAGAAAUGGCACAGGAUAUCCGUCGGCGUCUUCGACAGGGGCGACCACAAGGUCUUGCGGAUUUCGGCGGCGGACUGCGCGCCGGCGGCGCCGUUAGAAUAUCAGCUCAGACAUAAGACUAGCCUCAACUCCUACAAGGGCUUCAGGAUUCUGGCGGAGGGAUCCUCUUUUUGGAGGUACACGCCCUGGCCGAAAGGAUGCCCGCCCUUCAGCCCGCGGACCCCAGAACAGAGGAAGGUCACCGUAGGCCUAGUUGUCCUGUUAGCGGUGAUCAUAGCCGUGACCAACGCCUGCCUGAUCGUGGUUGCCGAGAAGAAGCGGAGAAGUGGCGAACUGGAUCCUCUGUGUCGUUGCCGUCAAAGUGGAAGCCAAGAAUAACCCGAGGACCUCUACAAGAGACACCGGUUCAUAUUUGUCCUUAGCCUUCUGCCUUUUAUGUUUUUCUCUGUGUCAUUGAUUGGUCUGGUUUGAGUGAACCUGGUUACUGUAACUCUCUCUCUCUCUCUCUCUCUCUCUCAUGAAAGCCUGAUGGUGUGUUCCAUUUGUACGAAGACAUUUCAGUCUCUUGUCCCUUCACAGAAAUCUCUGCUGUUGGUGGAUAAGAUAAACAAACAAAUGAGUGAUAUUAGUAUGCGCAGUUGCACAAAACAACACAAACGAAUCCACAAACACUUUGCAGCGCCAUAUUAAUUCUUUAACUAAUGAACACGAUGUGGCAACCCAGAAUGCAUUUCAUUAUCCAUCAUGUCACACACGUCUGGACCAAGGUCUAGAAACCUUAAUUUAGACAAUGACAGACUAUAGUAGAUUCACACCAACCGUGCAUCCGAUGUCUAGGCCAGUACCUUACGACGCUCCUG